AUGGGUGCACUUACCUACAUCAUCUCCAACUUUUGCACAGUUCCAAGCACCAAGACCAAAACAAUGCAGACAGUUGAGAUCAAAGUCAAAAUGGACUGUGAUGGCUGUGAACGAAAAGUCAGAAAUGCAGUUGCCACAAUGAAAGGAGUAAAAUCUGUGGAGAUAAACCGAAAGCAAAGCAGGGUUACAGUGAAUGGUUGUGUUGAUCCAAACAAGGUGUUGAAUAGGGUAAAGAGAACUGGAAAGAAAAGAGCUGAAUUUUGGCCCUAUGUUCCACAGCAUGUCGUGACAUAUCCUCAUGCCUCCGGCAUCUAUGACAAAAGGGCACCCUCCGGCUACGUUCGGAACUUGCAAACAUUUACACCUUCUGCCGAGACAGAAGAGAAAUUUAUGUCCCUUUUCAGUGAAGACAACGUAAAUGCAUGCUCCAUCAUAUCUACCAGCUUUUUCUUUACACUUGGUGCUUCGAAGUGUGAUGGAGAAGGUAGCAUCAAUAAGGAGGGUACUGUAGUUGAAUCUGAUGUGGUAAUGGAGAAUGACGAGAGCGAGAAGGUAGAUAGAUUGAUGGAAGAUGAGGUGGUGUAUGAUGAAGUAAGGUGUAGUGAAGGCAAAAGUUGGAAUCUUGGAAGUGGUCCUACUCCUUAA